AUGUCUGAAAGUCAACAAGGAAAUAAUCUUCAUCCCCAUAUGGAAGAUAUGGAGGAAGAAUAUGCGAAUGAUGAAAUGAAUGAUGAAUUACAAUACGAUGAUAUUGUAAAUUAUGAAAACCAUUUGAAUACCUAUGAUUACCAACAAUCUCAAGGAUUAAUGAAUCGCAUUAAUCCAAAUGAUCUUUUGCAAAUAGCUGAUAUAGUAGGUCAGCAUUUACAAAAUAAAAGAAAUUUAAAUCCUUCGGAAUCAUCAACGUCAAAAUCGCACCCUCCUUCUAUUGCGGAAAUAAAUUCAGAAAGGUCGGGUCAAUUUAUUAAUAAUAAUAUUUCAUCCUUGAAAAAUUUUGUUGAAUUGAUACCAGAAUUUGAUGGAGAAAAUAUUCCGGUUCAAAAAUUUAUUCAAGAAUGUUCGUAUUUGGUAGAAAAUACAAGUUCUCAAAUGCAACCUUUUCUUUUAAAAUUCGUAUUAAAGAAAAUUACGGGCAAGGCUGCAGAGUUUAUUUUACACUCUCAAGUUGAUACACUUGGAGAACUUUUAGUAGAACUAGAAAAAUCAUUUUCUUUUUCAGAUGAUUAUGGAACGAUUUUAGGUGAAAUCACCAAUUUGCAACAAGGUGAUAACGAAUCGGUAAUCGACUACGCGGCAAAAGCACGUAAAUUACUUUUUAAGCUGUCUCAGCUUUCGCGAAAAGAUAUUUCACAUCAAUAUUUACAAUUAAAAUUAACUGAAAAUGAUAAACUAAUAACAAAAUAUUUUACUCAAGGACUUCUUCCUAAUAUUGAAUUUCGCGUUAACCUACGUCUUCCGAUUAAUCUUCAAGAAGCAAUAACGAUUGCAUUAGAACAAGAAAAAUAUGUUUCCAAUGUACGUAAACGUAGCGCUCCUUCAAACGAAAUAGAAAUAAAUAAUUCUAAUCGCGAAGCAAAAAAAUCGAAAACGGUUAAUAAAAUUGAUAAUAAUCGUAAAAACAAAUAUUGUUUUACUUGCGGGAAAAUUGGACAUAAUUCGCGGAAUUGCCCAGAUCGCGCGGAACCAGAAUCAUCCGACAAUGAUCAAUCAGAAAACAAUGAUGAAGAUGAUAAUAACGAGAAAAACGGUAACGGAAAUUCAUCGAAAAGUAACGAUCCUAAACCGGAAUGCGAUUUUUGUAAACAGAGAGGUCACUCUACUGAAAAUUGCUUUGUAAGAAUAUUAAAAAGUUUAGAAUCAAGAUCCGUAUGCGCGAUUUCAAAUUCUCAAAUUAUAUAAAACGAAAAAUCAAAAUUAAAGGUUACUCCGAUGGCGUCAUCGUUUGAGUAAAUAUAAUCACGAAAUAGAGUAAAUUAAAUUAAUUUUUGUGCUGAUUCGUUGUAGUGUGAUCCUUGUGAAAUGUGUGAGAAAUUCUGCGAGGUAUCACUAAUUACAUAACAUUAAAAUGACGAUAUUUAUCCUAAACCUCUGAACAAGGUGAACUGUACACCUGUUCAUCCACAAAAUUCCUUGGACGAUUUUGAAAGAGUUUACUUAAUUGAGGCAGUUUUUCUAGACAUUCACUGGGGUAACGGUGAUAGCGAAUCAGAAAAAAUUAAACAAAGUCAUUUGUAAUGGACAUUUCCAGACCACAAGCAUGGAGAUUAUCGAGGAUAAUCAAAUUACUUGCGAUGUGAGAUUGAUAAUCUGCGAAAUCGUAAAUUGCGAUAUGAUUAUUAAUAUGAGAUCGUAAGGUGGACUGCAGCCACGAAAUUGUAAAUAGAACCGAAUGGUUUGUGCACCAAUUUCAACCAUGCUGGAUAUUGAGAUCCUUGUAGUGGUGAGAUUCCAUAUGAAAUUAACAAACAAAUUAUGAUAAUAUUAUUUUAACGAGGAAAAUAAUAGUUAUCUUGAAUUUGGAAAUAUUUCUUUCCAUAUUAAAUUAACAAAUAAAUUAUGAUAAUAUUAUUUUUGACGAGGAAAAUAAUAGUUAUCUUGAAUUUGGAAAUAUUUCUUUCCAUAUUAAAUUAACAAAUAAAUUAUGAUAAUAUUAUUUUUGACGAGGAAAAUAAUAGUUAUCUUGAAUUUGGAAAUAUUUCUUUCCAUAUUAAAUUAACAAAUAAAUUAUGAUAAUAUUAUUUUUGACGAGGAAAAUAAUAGUUAUCUUGAAUUUGGAAAUAUUUCUAACAAUAUUAAAUUAACAAAUAAAUUAUGAUAAUAUUAUUUUUGACGAGGAAAAUAAUAGUUAUCUUGAAUUUGGAAAUAUUUCUAAAACAAAGUAAAGAUUUUUAAACAAUACAUAGUGUCAAAUUAUUGUUGAGUGUAAUUAAUGAAUUGAAAUAUAAUUUUUCAUUCUCUUAGGGGGGAGAGUGAUAGCUGAUCAACUAUACCUUGCUCAGAAAAUUGUAUAACUAUUGUUUCAUUAAUUCUACUUUUCUUACAAUAAAAUUUUUUUGUAAUUAAUCAAUAAAUUUUGACAAUCUGUACUAUUCUUAUUUUUCAAUUUUCUAGCGAAAAUUUCCGUAAGGGGGAAAGUGUAACGAGCGACUAUAUUCUCGCUCGAAUCAUUUCGAGGUAUCGAAUGAACGAUACGAUAUGAUUAAAGUUACGAUUUAAAUAACCUAAAAUAAGUGUCAUUAUAAAACAUUUUAUAAUACUCUUAACAUUUUCUCAUAAUAAAUAAAAUAGAGUUUUCACAUAAAGGAAAUAGCAUGACUAAUUCUAAAGUAUUUCUGUUGAACUUUUAAGUUUAUUUCAAUAUCGUAUUUCUUUUAGCAACAUAAAAGAUUAAAAGAGAAAUGUCGUAAAUCAGUACAAAUAAAUAAGAGAAAAUAUAUUCACAUAUUUCCUCUUAUUUCAAUUCUAAAAUGUAAUCCUAGAACGUCAUAAAAACCACUUGAAAAAAUGUGAUCCUUUCCAUAAAAAAAAGGGACACUAAACACAUGUUGACCAGACACGGACUUUUAUUACCUUCAAUAGAAAAGUCGCGUACGGGCUAAACAAUAAACGAAAGUCUACAACGGAAAUGCUUUGUAUUAGAAAGCAAUAAAUAAUUAAAUAAUUGUUUAUGCACAUGUUUUAGUAUAUUUACACAUUUGUAUGUAAGCGUUAUUAAUAUUGUUAAUUAAUUAAUAAUUGACUAUCAGAAUAUUAUAAUUUAAUAUUGUUAUAAUUAUAUUAUAAUAAUAUAAUUAUGGAUUAACCAUAUAAUGUUGUGAUGAUUAAUGUUUAUUAUAUUUUAAUAAAUAGUAUGUUGUAUGAUGGGAGAGAAUAAGUAUAAUCUCUCUUAUGUAUGUGUGAACGUAUAAGUAACACUUAAGAACUAUGUGAUAAGUGUUAGUGAAGUGAUACACGUAUAGGAGUAGCGAAUACGCUCCAUAGUGAAGCAUGCGCACAAACUCAAAAUGGACCAAAAGCGGAGAGCGACUCCGCUGGACCAAAAACUCUCUAAGUUAGUUCUAAUCUUGACUCUGACUUGAAAGGUUGUUUUCUAAACUCCUUAGUCAGCUUUGUAAAUAUUAUAUUAAUAAAUUUACAGGGUUUUACCUUCGAAGGAAGAACUAAUAAUUAUUCUUCCUUGAACGGGUUUCCCUUCCGUUGUAUCGGAAAUUAAUAAUCUUUUAUUUAAACCUUCCCGCUUCCUUCUUAAAGGAUUUAACUAAAGAGAAUCCGGCCAAUCAUAUUACAUUUUUAGAGUUGCGUAAUAAAAGGUAACUCGGCUCGUAACAUAAAUUGGAUAAUCAAAUUACUUGCGAUGUGAGAUUGAUAAUCUGCGAAAUCGUAAAUUGCGAUAUGAUUAUUAAUAUGAGAUCGUAAGGUGGACUGCAGCCACGAAAUUGUAAAUAGAACCGAAUGGUUUGUGCACCAAUUUCAACCAUGCUGGAUAUUGAGAUCCUUGUAGUGGGGGGAGAGUGAUAGCUGAUCAACUAUACCUUGCUCAGAAAAUUGUAUAACUAUUGUUUCAUUAAUUCUACUUUUCUUACAAUAAAAUUUUUUUGUAAUUAAUCAAUAAAUUUUGACAAUCUGUA